AUGAGCACCGAAAAACUAGAAACCUCGGAAGAACCACAAGCACCUUUGGCUAAUACGUCAGAGACUAACUCAAUUAAGAAAGAUUCAGAAAAUGUUGUCACUGUGUUCGAUCUCGCAAAUGAAAUAGAAAAAUCACUUAAGGAUGUACAGAAACAAAUGAAGGAAAACGAUGAACAGUUUUCACGAAGCAUACAGGCCAUUGAGAAUAAACUUGAGAAAUUGAGCCAGUGA